GUGAAGAAGAACAGGAAGAAAAAGGCCCUGGGGGAGUUGGACGGGGGGGAGAAAAGAGCCCUGGAGAGAGAGACAAAGCCAAAGAGGAAGAGAGAGCCCAAAGAGCCCAAGGAGCCCAGGAAACCCAGGGAGCCCAAGAAACCCAGGGAGCCCAAGCAGGAGGCAGCCAAGAAACCCAGGAAACCCCGAGAGGCCAAAGCCCCCAAGGAGCCUAAAGAAAAGAAGAGCAGCGCCGAGCCAGGCCCCAAGGCAAAGCCCAGGAAGGGCAGCAAGGAGCAAGGCCCAACCCCCGUGGAGAAGAAGAAGAAAGGGAAAAGGAAAAACGAGAGCCCAGUGGAGAGUCUGGAGUUGGAUCCAGGCCUCCUGAGUCUGUGUCUGCAGAGCCCUGAGGAGUCUGCGGAGUCGGCCGACAGCCAGGAGCCCCCCGAGGACGAUGCCAACAUCAUUGAGAAGAUCCUGGCCUCCAGACUGGUGCAGAAGGAGGUUCACCCGGGCGGCCUGGCUUACGAGACGGAGGAAUUCUACGUCAAGUACAGGAACUUCUCCUACCUGCACUGCAAGUGGGCCACGCUGGAGGAGCUGGAGAAGGACCCCAGGAUCUCCCAGAAGAUAAAGCGCUUUCGGAACAAGCAGGCCCAGAUGAAGCAUAUCUUCACGGAGCCCGACGAGGACUUGUUCAACCCUGACUACGUGGAGGUGGAUCGCAUCCUGGAGGUGGCGCACACGAAGGACUCGGACACGGGGGAGGAGGUGACGCACUACCUGGUGAAGUGGUGCUCCCUGCCCUACGAGGAGAGCACCUGGGAGCUGGAAGAAGACGUUGACCCUGGAAAAAUCAAAGAGUUCGAGUCCUUGCAGAUCCCCCCAGAGAUCAAACAAGUGGUGAGGGGCUGCUCUGAGCCUGGAGCGCCCUGCUUCCGAGGCCUGGCAGAAACUAGAGAAGUCGCGGGAGUAUAA